AUGGAGCAUGUCCAACAGGGUUUCCACGUUCUCGAACAUGGUCUCCACGAACUAGAGGAAGGCUUUGAAGAGUGGGAGCAGGACCAGGAUCAGGAUCAUCAUGGUGAUGAAGAGGACGAUGACGAAUACGGCCAUGGUCAACACGGUGAACAUGGUGAACAUGGUGAACAUGGUGAACACGGUGGUCAAGGUGAACACGGUGAUGAUUAUGAUGAUUAUGAUGAUGGCGAGCAUGGUGGACACGGUGAUGAUGAUCAGGGCUGGAAUGAUGGUUCAGACCUCCAGAAACAUGGCCAGAACCAUAAUCAAUGCCAAUCACACGAUCCACAUAACGAAGGUCAGCAUGGCAAUCCAAAUGCACAGCAUGGCGACGGUGAAGAUGAGGAUUGGGACGAUCAAGGAGGUUAUGGAUCUCAUGGAAAUGAAUAUGGUGGGCACGAGCAUAAUCACCAGGGCCAUGAUGGCAAUGGCGAGCAUGGUGGACAAGGAAUGCACGGCCGACACGCGAUGCAGAUUGGGCAGGAAUGCUAA